CGUAACCCUAGCAACCGCAAGACCAGCUGCAACAGAACAAAACGCCGGAGUCCUUGGGCUUCCCUUCCAUCUUAGGGCUCGCGCUACACAGUUGGAUUUCAUUAAAGUAGCAGCUUUUCAAAGCUCCUCCGGCAGGGACGGUUGAGCGCAGGAGCUCUCGCGAGAUCGCCGCCGGAAGUGGGCGGUGGCGAGGACGAAGCGGCUCCUCUCUCCGGAAGGCAAGCGCAUCUCCGGAGCCUUUGCCGCCGACCGCUGCAGGCGCUCCCCUUUGAGAAAGAACCAGCCGAGCCGCAGCCUCUCCAGCUCCUAGCUCGCGCUCUCGGCUCUCCUGCCUGCCCAGCUGCGCGGCGGGGCGGAGUGCAGCGAGGCCCGGCCUGCGAGCUCCCGGCAGCCCCCUCUCCCUCCCUCGGCGCUGCGUGUAGGCCGCGCCCUCAGGCCCAGUCCGCGGCGGCCCCGGCGGGUGAUGCCAAAUACAGCCAUGAAGAAAAAGGUGCUACUGAUGGGGAAGAGCGGGUCGGGGAAGACCAGCAUGAGGUCGAUUAUCUUCGCCAAUUAUAUUGCUCGCGACACCCGGCGCCUGGGGGCCACCAUUGACGUGGAGCACUCCCACGUCCGAUUCCUGGGGAACCUGGUGCUGAACCUGUGGGACUGUGGCGGUCAGGACACCUUCAUGGAAAAUUACUUCACCAGCCAGCGAGACAACAUCUUCCGUAACGUAGAGGUUUUGAUUUACGUGUUUGACGUGGAGAGCCGUGAACUGGAGAAGGAUAUGCAUUAUUACCAGUCAUGUCUGGAGGCCAUCCUCCAGAACUCUCCUGACGCCAAAAUCUUCUGCCUGGUGCACAAAAUGGAUCUGGUUCAGGAGGAUCAGCGCGACCUGAUUUUUAAAGAGCGAGAGGAAGACCUGAGGCGUCUGUCUCGCCCGCUGGAGUGUGCUUGUUUUCGAACGUCCAUCUGGGAUGAGACGCUCUACAAAGCCUGGUCCAGCAUCGUCUACCAGCUGAUUCCCAACGUUCAGCAGCUGGAGAUGAACCUCAGGAAUUUUGCCCAAAUCAUCGAGGCCGAUGAAGUUCUGCUGUUCGAAAGAGCUACGUUCUUGGUUAUUUCCCACUACCAGUGCAAAGAGCAGCGCGACGUCCACCGGUUUGAGAAGAUCAGCAACAUCAUCAAGCAGUUCAAGCUGAGCUGCAGUAAAUUGGCCGCUUCCUUUCAGAGCAUGGAAGUUAGGAAUUCCAACUUCGCGGCUUUCAUCGACAUCUUCACCUCAAACACGUACGUGAUGGUGGUCAUGUCAGAUCCGUCGAUCCCUUCUGCGGCCACCCUGAUCAACAUUCGCAAUGCCAGGAAACACUUUGAGAAGCUGGAGAGAGUGGAUGGCCCCAAGCACAGUCUCCUCAUGCGUUGAAUAGUCCCAAAUGCUCUUUCUGAAAAUGCUGAGUUGCCUUUUUUGUUUGCAUCCUUUAUUUUUAAUAUUCAUAAUGUUGUGUGCUUAAAAGUGGGCUUUGAAGUGUGUGCUGCUUUCUCCUUUCAUCUUUCUCCCCUGCUCUCCAGUCUUUAAACCUUGGACGCUACUUACUCAGCUAUCCAGUAGAGCUUGAAGCUGGCUCUUCUGAGAAGAUGGUAUGGUGUAACACUAAAGUAGGUGGUUCGUGCGUGUUCUGAUUACCUGGUUAUAAUAGAUAUGCACAUCAAAGCCUUUACCAGUAUCUUCCUGUAUUCCGUAUCAGAUUGCAAAGAUGGAAUGUUACUAUUUUAUCAGCAAGGUAUUAAAAUGCAUUUAUAAAUUCUUCUUGGCUUCAUUCAUGAAUAAACGUGUUAGCAAUUUAAAA